AUGUCAAACUCUCCUCUAAGAAGGCCUUUGCAUACAAGAUCAGACUCGGAGACGAAUCGCGCAGCAGCUGUCCGAUUGGUUCCACCCGAACCCCCUCAACUUUUAGGACGAUUGGAGGAUGAUGAAGGAGAUCAUGAAAAUGAUUGCAAUAAUAAGAAUGAUUAUGAUGACCAAAUUUAUUCACGAACUCCUCUUCCCACCCAGUCAGCUCAUAUUCUCUCUCCUGAUCAUGCUAUUGCUAUUGGAAACGAUCAAUAUUUUUAUGGUAGACCAGGUUCCAGCUCAGAUUCAGGCGAGUUUCAUCAGAUGCCCAAAACACAAUCAAUAUCAGCCACUUCCAAAGGCACGUCCAGCACAACGCAUAAUACAACCCAAAUUGCUACUCCUGCGACAAGAUCCUCAACCAAGUCUAGAACCCAGUCAAGAAAGCGCCUUGUUGUCAAGGUUGGCGAUGGAAAGACCUUUUCUCUCGUAUCGCAUGAUGAACCCCAGCCCAUCGAUGAUAGUACGUUGCUGUCUCUAUCCACUAAAACAUCAUCUUCCUCUGUUCAAGAUUUCGAUCAUUCUAUCACCUCAUGCACCAGUACCGACUCCACAUACACAGCCGCACCUAGCACGGCAACUCCUAGAAAGUCAAUAUCUGCAGAUCAUAUAAGCUGUUCAUCCUCAGAGUUCUCACUUGUAGGUGGUGUUCGAAAGGUACCCAAGACACCAGAUUAUAAGGGAAAAUCUAUAGCGCUUGACUAUCCACUCCCUCCUUUGCCAGAAACAUCAGACGGACAAGAGCUCCACUCGCACGAACUUUCGACGAAAUCUUCAUUCCUUUCCACCACCUCGACUUCAACUGAGGCCACUAAUUACAAAGUAUAUAGUCAUAUUCCAGAAUCGAUCUACGAAUCUGUCUAUACUACCACCCCUACCCAACCUAAUUUCGAAGUUCUCGAUCAGUCCAUUCUUGAACAGUCCAUUCAUUCAGUUGUCCAUCAUCCGCGCGAAGAAUCAAUCCAAGAAUCUACAGGAUCUGUCAUCCAUCGACCCCAGACAUCUCAAGCAUCCCAAACAUCGUCUGCGAGUACCUCGGAAAAUUCAAACGAACAAGUUCUCGAGGAAUCUAUCUCGGGCUCAGUAAUCUACAGACCCCAACACCGACCUCAAUUGUCUACGAGCACUUCCGGCUACUCGAGUUAUCCGAACUCCAAUUAUCAGAUACAUGAGCCAGACACUCCAACUUCAGUCGUAUUCAGGCCCCAACAUCGACCUCAAUUAUCUUCAAGCACCACAGGAGAUAAUACUAAUUUCGAAGUUAACCGUGGUCGUACUCGAGACCGUUCUGAAUCAAUCGCCGAUUCUUUUCUUGCAGCAUCGUUCUCCAGCGGCUCCAACUACCACGUAUAUCCACAAUCUGACAAAGAGUCAACCCUCUCCUCAGUUGUCCAUAGACCUCGAGCUCGAGCAGCAACCACUUCAUCCAGCGAACACGAAAAUUACGAAUUUCACGAGGAACUUUCCAGAUCUAUAUCUCUUUCGAGCGGACAAGGCCCAGCACCCAAGUAUUCACAAGAAUCCCUUCGUGUUCCUGCCCUGAAUUCUAGGAAGAGGUCCAACGAUAACUUUGGUUAUUACAAGUCAAGGUCGCGAGAGACACUGAAAUCAAGGUCAAAUCACUCGCUACGCAGUCGAGCUAAUUCACUAGCAUCGUUAUCAACAAUUCAGACUCAACCCGACGCCCAACGAGCGAUUGUGGCAAGCGGAUCAUUAGUAAAUUUACCCACACAAAUCCAAUUCCAAAAACCAAAGGGAUUGAGUUCAUGGGCAGAGUUGCCAAGCCCCACGAAACCCCAUAUGAACGAGCACCCGCAUCAAUGGAGCUCACAGCUAUCCACUGUGCACUCGGUCUCCGAAGGAGGCGGUACGGAUCGAGGUUCUCAAGCUUGGUCCGACAGCGCGGGAAGAAGGAGCAGUCUAUUCCCCAGUCUACCCAGUCGCGGCAGUCGCAACAUGCUCAGUAUCAGUUCGUCCCAUGGGAUAGAAGACGCGUUAACAAGAUCAAGAAGCGAUUCUAUGGAACCUCCACGACCGGCAUGGACACGCGCUGGUCGAGGUAUGAGCAGUUCGUCUAUUCCUAUUAUAGGUGAUCAAGACGAAUAUGGUGAUGGUAUCACUGCCCUGCAAGAUCUUCGCAGCCGUCCGUCCAGAAACAGAUUAUCCGGCAUGUUCAACACCACGUCGUCCGAUAACUCCCGCACACACACUAUGCGCUCGUCAAUAAGUUCUAGAUCCAACAGUCUCCUAGCAAGCUCCCUUCCCACAUGGGCAAAACUAUAUUACGGAAGUGGGGAACGUCGCUAUCUAGGCUACCGACCCGAGAGUUCCAAUGGAAGAGCCCCAAGUCGAAAUGGAUCCUUUAGCAUGGGAAGCGGUUCCCCAAACACGGAUGAUUUCCCGGAUGAACUAUACAGUCCUCGUCGUCGUCCCCGAGAAGGUCAUCCCCACAUGCGAGGCUUCUCCCAACAAUCCAUGGAAAUUACCCCCGUAACCAGCGCGGCCCAACGCGUCGGCCGUCUUAGAACCUGGUCUCUCAUCUCCAGCGUCUGGUCCCCUCAUCUCCGUACCGACCGUCGGGCCGCUCGCCAAUCCGUAUGGGAACCACCUCAGAUCAACUUUUCCACCGAGGGCGGUUUCUUCGGGCGUCGCAAUAUUCAAGUCGUAAUGUUUAUUGCUGGAUUCCUUCUCCCGUUUGCAUGGAUGAUCGCCGCAUUUCUCCCAUUACCUCAGGCCCCUCUUUCCGAGAUGCGGGAGCGCGAAGAUAGUACUGGGAAUUUGACGCAGACACGGGAUGUGGAGACUGCAAAUGAUUAUGUGAGACAGUUCGGACCGUUGGACGAGGCGAGGUACGAGAGUGCAAGGUGGUGGAGGAAUUUGAACAGGUGGAUGAGUGCGGUGGGGUUGUUGAUUAUUGCUGCCAUUAUCAUCCUCGCUAUCGAAGGUACUCUAAAGGGAUGGUAA